AAAAUGUCUUAAACGAGAAACGAAUACAGUUAAAACACACGCGAAAGGUCUCCGUUUAAAGGAUAUAUGAGUGACCAUGUCUGGAGCUGUUCUUGUAGGAGAUCAGCUCAUCCUUCAGGAGGAAUUUGAUGAUGACUAUAUACCGUCUGAACAAGAGGUUCGAGAUUAUGCUAAGGAGAUUGGUAUUGACCCAGACACUGAGCCAGAGCUUAUGUGGUUGGCCCGGGAGGGAGUUAUUGCCCCUCUUCCCAGUGGCUGGAAACCAUGCCAAGAUGUAACUGGGGACAUUUACUAUUUCAACUUCUCCACGGGACAGUCAUCAUGGGAACAUCCAGGUGACGAAAACUACCGCAACCUAGUGAUCCAGGAACGAGAGAGGUGCAAACAGGCAGCGAGUUCAGGAGGAGCAGGAGCCAAAAAGGAUAAAAAGAAGAAGAAAGAGAAAGUAAAGGAGAAGAAGAAGAAGAAGGAGGACUUGUUGGGCUCUGCUUUGAGACCCCUCACAUCUCCACUCGGGGGGCUGGCUCCUCUCCGGGGUCUGGACGCUCCUGGACUCGGCCCACUGGGGUCUGUCCCGCCUCUGAGACGGCCCCUGGGGAGCGCAGGGGGGCUAGAGCCACUCAAGACAUCCCUCGGGGAUUCCCGAAGCGGUGGUGUCUCCAGUGUUUUGGGCAUUAGGCAAGAAGAGAGAGUGUCUUUACAUCGGAGAGUGUCCUUAGAUGAUGAAGAGGAUGAUGGAGAAAAUAAGAGUCGAAAUUCAGACCGUCCACUGAAAAAUCUCCAUUUGAAUAUAGAUGAUCUUGGAAGUGGCAUACAAUAUGAGGACAGCGAAGGCAGUGCAGAAGCCCCAGAGCCAGAGUUACAAAAUCUUGCCCUUUCAAGAGACCUAAGCCUAGACCCACCUUCACAACAAGAUGACAGUAUAAACAGUGAUGCGUCUUCUUUCACACAUAACAAGUUGAAGAAUCUUUGCGAUAUAGAAGAUCUCUUGGGCUCAGUUAGUCCACCACUGGAGAAGAAGGCUCCUGGAAACAGGCCAAAGGCGAAGGAGGCACCUGCUCCCAGAGUGGAUCGUCUCACGCUGCAUCAGUCCAGUCCUUCUCCUACAAACUCCUCCCAUUCAGAUACAAGAGACAAUCUCCUCCCCAAAAACACUGAUUUGGGAUCUUCUUUUGGGUUUAAAAGGCCCGAGACUUCAAGGGGCCGCCCAGGACGAGGUCAAGAUGCAGAGCUGCCCAUUCAAAGCCGAGAGAAGAAAGAUGAAGCUACUGAGAGGCAUAAAAACAUGUCCGAUCAGGAGGAAGAAGAAGAAGAAGAAGAAGACAGGGAGAGACUGAUGAAGGAAAAGCAAAAGAGGAUUCACAAACUUGAGGAAGAACUGAAGAGACAAGAGGAAGAGGAGGAGAAGAGGCUGAAGGCUGAGAGUGAGGAGAGACUCAGGACUCUACGUCAGUCACUGAUGACAAAAAGAAAAGAGGAAGAAGCCAAACUUAAAGAGGAGUCUGAAAAGAUUCUGGAGGAGCUCAGAGCGUCUGCACGAGCCGAGCGUGAGGAGCAGGAGCAAAAGAUCAGGCAGGAGAGAAAAAACAUCAUCACAGACCUCCAGACGGAAAUAGAAGAGGAACAAGAGGCGGAGAGAAAGAAACUUGAAGCUAAAAAGAAGAAAGACCUGGAGCGACUGAAGGCUGAGAUUGAAGAAGAGAUAGAAGAGGAGAGAGAGAGACUUCAGAGCGACAAAGACGAGAGACUCAGCGACCUCAGACAAGAAGUCCAAAGUUCUGGAGGAAGAAGAAAUCUGAACAAAUCAGAGCAACAUCUGUUUGAAUACCGCACAGAGCUGUCGGACGUGCUCCAGGAAGUGAGAGAGGAAGAAGAGCGACAACAUCGGAGGAAGUUAGAGCAGCUGAAGGAGGCGCACAGGAGAGAGAUGGACGACAUCAGGGAGAAAUACGGGAACGAGGAGAGCGUUGAGAGGGAACGGAUAAUGAUCAGAGUUAAAGAUGAAAUGCACCAGCUGGAAGCGUCUCACGCACUUGAACUGGAGAAAAUCAGAAUCCAGCACAAUGUUCAGAUUGAGAAAAUACAACUGGAAAACACACGCAGGGAGAAUGAACUUAGAGACUUGUCAAACGAGUUAGAGCUGCGGAGCGGCCGACUGCAGAGUCAGGAGGUCAUGCUGAAGUCCAAGGAAGAAGAUUUGAACAGAAGGAGGAAAAGUUUGGUGGUGGAGGAAGAGGAAGUGGACAGACAGAUGGAGUCCCUGCCCCGUCUGAUCCACGAGCGGGACGUCCUGAAGGAGGAGCUGGAGAGGGAGCGGGAGGAAAAGAGACAGGCGCGGGAGAUGAUGAGGAUCGCACAAGAGGAGCGCGACAAGGCAAAAAACACAGAGACUCGACUGAGAGACGAGCGGGACAGAGCCAGAGAGGAGCAGAGGAGGAGCCAAGAGGAGCAGAGGAGGAGCAGGGAGGAGCGGGACAGACUGGAGAGGAGGGUCCAGCUGCUGCAAGAGAGAUGUGAGCAGCUCAGCCUCAGGGACAGUGAGUUUGGAGGAGGCGCUGAGGCGAGUACGUCCAAACUGGAGCCAAAAUCAGACCUAAAGUCCUCGGAUGCUGCUGGUGCUAUGGGAGACCCCCCUCUGCUCGUGGAGGAGCUCGACCCCCCGCUGUCUCCUGCUGCUGACAGCCACAGCAGCAUCGACGAUGUGAAGAGGUACAUCUUAUCACACGGAGACUCCAUUCAGAAAACCAAGGUGUUCCUGGAGAAAGAGAGGAGGAAGCUGAUGGAGCGAGAGGCGGCUUUAAGAGCGGCUCAGACUAACCCAGGGCUGGAGAGGGGAGUCACGGAGGACGUCUUACACAAUCUACAGCAGGAAGCCAAAAUCGUGGGGGAUCUUCAGCAGACGGUUCAGAAAGGGAUUUCACUCCUACAAAGAAAAGAGGAGAAACUUCAGCACCUGGAAAACUCCGUGACCGAUAAGCCUUUGUUUGAAAAUAUUCCACGUCUACCUGAAAGGACGGUGACUUUUGAUGUGACUGAUUCAGACGUGAGCAGCGCCAUGGACCCGCCUUUCAGCAGAGAUCAGCCUGCAGUCCCACCCAGAGUGCAGGACCUGGUGGAGUCCCUGCAGGAGAUUUCGGGGCAGCUGAACACAGUGGUGGGGGUGCUGGGGUCUUUAGCCCAAAGACCAAACCCCGCCUUCUCUCUACCUCAGCCCGGACUGGACUUCACACACUCGAGGCUUUCACAGGCGUCCGAAAACUGGGCACCGCCGCCUCCGAUGUUCAGCUCCACGCUCAACACUGGACUGAAGACCUCGGACGACCUCAUCAACAGCAGAUGGAGGCAGAUAUUUCCUGGAGCUGCAAUGGGACCAAGUAUCUCCAAACGUAGCACCUCCUACUCUUCACACGCUCCUCUCCGUCAAAGCUGGAGCGCCCCCUACAGGCAGAGCACCACAGAGUCAGACGGACACAGACUUCAGGAUCUUAUUGACAGUAACAAGAGGUGGCUCGAAAUUCGACGCAAAGACACCAACAUACCGUUAUUGACUCGAUAUCGUCCUGCGACAAACAGUGGCCUGAUUCAACUCGGUUUGGACGACAACAACGAGAUACGAGUUUUUCAUUAUUGACUUUACUUUAUAUUUUGUGCGUAAAACUAAAACUACUGUCCUCUCUGGAUCAGUGCAGUCUGCAUUGAGACUCUGUACGUUUCACGCUAAGUAACACCUAAGAAAAGAU